GUCAUGUUCUCAUCAAACCGAUCAAGAUAUGGUGGUGAGAGCUUCUCGAAGCAUCGAGCCAGCAAAUCUAAAUCGAAUAAGAAGAACCCAUCAUUUAGAGACCCAUCAUCGACAAGAAAAGUCGAGAGAUUGGCACAGCAAGCUCAAGCAUCGUCGCCACAGUCUAAUCAAACGUCCCCUACAAUCGGAAGUGCAAUCAUCACAUUAUCUGUCGGCCGCGAGCAACGACUCUUCGCUGCUCAUGAAGACGUCCUCUGCCACUCACCGUUCUUCGCUACCGCCUGCCGCGACCAGUUCUUCUCCACAACCAACAAACGAAUCGAAUUACCCGACGAAGAACCUGAAGUGUUUUCCUCUCUCCUUGAGUAUCUCUAUAAAGGUGAUUACUAUCCUCGACUUGAGUACGACAAGCGUCGCAAUUCUUGGAACCUCGAAGACGGAGGCAACGGGAAUGGAAAUGGAAAUGGAACGGCCGAGGCGAUUGUGUAUACACCCCAAGGGCCGAUCCUAAAGGAUACGGUGAUCUAUUGCGCCGCAGACAGAUACGGACUCCAUGAACUCAAGAAGUUAGCGCUGAAGAAGCAGGGGCUACAAUCUGGAAUCCAGUGCAGCACUAUUCUUUCAUCUGCACGAUUUGCGUAUGCACAUACUCCUGACAACGACUCGAAACUUCGAGCACAUUACCUUGCCCUCAUCAUCCGCGCCCGCCACACAUUCAAACGCAGCGGUACGAUGCAGAACGAGAUGGAAAACGGUGGAAAACUAUUCUUCGAUCUCUUCGUCGCGAUGGUGAAUCACAUGGACGACUUGGCUCAGAAGACGCCUCGUUAGGUCCACACAAU